CAUCUCAGUGCCGAGCGGUACGUCGAGGAGUCCACUUUUUUUAGCGGCUGCAUAAAUAUACAUGAAUAAUUCAAACUCAAAAAACAACAAGUUGGACCGCGACAACGUGACCUGCCUGUAGAGUUAUCGAUCAAACGGCCAUUCCGAUCCGAUCCGAUCCGAUUCAAUUCAAUUCGACUCGAUCCGAUCGAUCUGCCCAUCCGAUUUCGGUGCCCCGAACCGCGUUUCAUCUGGCGAGUUCCAGCCCAGCUAACAGCAGUCGCAGCCGCAAUAACCAAUUCCAAAUACCCAAUACCCAAUACCCAAUAGCCAUAGCAGAGGAAACAGAAAAAAAAAAACAACUGAAAAAUACACAAUAAAACAAUCAGAAACAACUACAGCGGCGAAAUGUGCGGAGAAACAAAAAGAAAAUUGAAGACGACGACACGAGCGUAAAUCUUUUUAGCAUGAAAAAAUUCUAUAAAACUAACAGGCACUGUGUGGUCGGACAUCAUUCGUGCGCUACGACGGCAGACGACAGCCGCAGAUACAGAUACAGAUAUACGGAUACAGAUACAAAUACCGAUACAGAUAGCCGGGCAAACGCGGACGGACAAGGAGUGAUUGAUUGAUUGCCGAACCCGAGGGCCCCGACUCCUGCCCAAAACCAAAAUCAAAACCAAAACCCAAACUCGAAACUGAAAUUGAAAUUGAAAUCAAAGCGCUGUGUCUGCACCGGCAUCCCGGUAUCCAUCCAUAUCUAACAGCGGUCAGCAUCGGCAUCCCAGUGAAAAGUAGCAGUAACAAUCGGAAUCCCAACUCCAAUACCAAUCCGAGUCCCAAUCCCAGCGGACAACGUCCAGUCGCCGAGCCAUCAAUCAAUCAGUUGGUCAAUCGCCCACUCGACUUCUGGCUGGAGGAUAUCUUCGGUCGGCGCUUUAGUUUCAGUUCGCAUUUGGACGCGUGCUGUGCGGCCUCGCCGAUAGAGAGAGUCGGAAACCUCAGUCCCAACCAAAAUCGGAAUCGUGCGCGAAUCUAUAAUCUGUAAUCUAUAAUACAAAACAAUCUAUAUUGAACCAAAACACUCGCGCACACACGUGUCUGAAGUUCAGUGACAAGCCCCAAAUCAGGCGUCUAAUUCCAUCGAUUGUACCUAUUUAUAUAUAGAAAUCGUGAAAGCGUUCAACACUUUUAAUCAACUCGAAUCCAGCGCUGGCACGGCAUAAUUAAUUCGUCUGACCCGCAAAGUUCACCCAAAGCGAAAAAAAGCAAAUACGGUUGUGCAAAUUGUGCUCCAAAAAGUGCGAAAUCGCAAAUCUCAAAUAACUAGUAGCAACAUGAAGCUGUUUGCAGUAUUUUUGGCAUUGGCGCUGCUUGCCCUCUCGAUGGUCCAGUGCCUCAGCCUGCCCGAUCCCGGCACCAAGUGCGGCAUGGAGUGCGACACGCAGGAGUACCGAUUAAUUUGUGCCGCCGACGACAAGGGCACCACCAAGACCUAUCGGAAUCUGUGCGUCAUGAAGACGGAGAAUUGCCUGCAGAAUGCAAACUUCCAAAAGAUCAGCGACAGGGAGUGUCCAUAGACCUACGGAUCCAGCCAUCGGUAGCCCAGCAGAAAUAACUUAAUCAUGGAGGAGAACGAGUGGAGGCCGUUUAACAUGCUGGAGGACUCUUCUUUCUCGCGUGGUAUUUGUGUGUGAUAUUUUUAAGUUGUACUUCAGCGGAAUACAGAGCACGCCCCGAACGUAAUGCAUAAUGAUAAUGUAUUCUAUAAUUAUUAAUUAUAAAUAUUAAAUAAAGUAAUCGUAACACGCAAAA